UUUUUUAUGAUAUAUAUAUAGACUAUUUGUUGUAUCCUGUUGUCUGGGUUUUAUUCGGAAUCUGACUUAGACCAUUUCAAAUUGUAGUUUGGUUAACGAAAUACUAAUGAAAAUGCAAGAACAUGGUAACUCGUCCUUAUAUUUCUAAUAAUAAUUAUAUAUACAUGUAUAUGUAUUUUUUAAUACUAUAUAUAUAAAAAAAAAAGUGUACGCCUCUUCCAGAUCUACAUUGUCUAUAUGAACGAUCAAACCAAGUCUUUUUUCAGGCAGAAAAAAAUUGUAACACAUUGAGAAGCUCAAAUGGCAACAUAUGGCAGAGUAUUGGUGCUGGCAUGGGCAGACAUAUUGGCUAUAUAUGCGAUGUUGUUGCUGAUGGCGUACUUGACCGACGUUUGGAGGCUCGAACUCACACACGCUUCUACGAUUGUCUCUAUCUUAUGGGCUCUCUUUUCAUUAUUCCCUUUAUUCCAGGCCUUCUUAGCCGACACCCUCAUCGGCACUUACGGGAUGCUCGUCAUCUCCACCGCUUCAUUUAGUGCCGGAUUGGGACUUUUGACAAUGUCGACUCCGCCGGUGCUAGCACACAGUACCGGAAGCUGCAGCGAAUACAAACCCGAAUGUAUCGGCUAUGUCCAGAAAGUACUUCUCUACACAGCGCUGCCUUUAAUAGCAUUCGGACUUUCUGGCCAUGUGAAUUUUUCCACUACAUUCAUCACAGAGAGAAUCAACGCAGAAGAAACCGAUUCCGAGGGGAAUUGUUGUGGGAGGUUUGUUUACGGUGAUUUACCACGUGUCAUACUCACUGUCGUUGCAGUCUUAGGGCUCCCUUACAUUAAUCCGUGGUCCCUACGGUUCGGUAUUCCUGCGAUAUGUACUCUUGUCGCAACUCUCUUGUUUUUCAGUACCUUGUGUUCGUACAAGAAUACUUUAAAGCCAAACGGAAGCCCUUUGACGAUUCUCUUUCGAGUGUUUGUGGCCGCUUUUUCCAAGUUGUUUUACAGAAUCCCCACAGAUCCUAAGGAGCUAUUCGAGAUCCAAAAUCCUCGACUUUAUUCGGCUCCCCAUACGAUGAGCCUGAGGUUGUUAUUUAAUAAUUAUUAAUUACCUUCUUUU